AUGUCCUUGUUCCACUCGGGAUCGGAGAGUACGGAUUCUCUCUGUGAUCUAAUGGAUUUCAGCACUGGGUCCACCGGCUGGAUUUCGUAUGUUUUUCUGAAACUUUUUUUUAUUUAUUUUUGAUUUUUUAAAGCUUUUAAAAAUUUUUUUUUUAAAUUUUUUAUUUUUUCAUUUUUUUAUUAUUUUUUUUAUUUUUUUUAUUUUUGAUUUUUUUAUUAUUUUUUUUAUUUUUGAUUUUUUUGAUUUUUUUAAUUUUUUUCAUUUUAUUUAUCAUUUUUUAAUUUUUUUAUUAUGUUUUUAUUUUUUUUUCUUUUUUUUUAUUUUUUUUAUUUUUAUUUUUAUUUUUCCCAAUAUAAUUCCGUUUAUUCCGCAGAACUUUGUUGACUCGGACUACAGUAAGUGACUACAGUGCGCCGACCGCGUUCUCGUCAAGUGAAGAAGAUGAAUAUUCGGAUGAAGAAUGUUCGAAGGAGGAGGAAAGUCAUGAAGGAGAGAGAAUGGAAAAUGAAGAGACAUCCGAUUGGAAUCGAACCAGGUCAAAAAGUUGUAAGAGGGUAAGGAAAUAUUUUUUUCGAAAACGCAUAAUUUUUUUCUUUUUACCCUAAAAAUUGGCUAAGAAUGCUCGGGCGCAGCUCGAAAAAGAAUCCUAGAAAAGUUUUGCAAACUGAUUUUUUACUCUUCAAUAGCCGAGCUGCGCCCGAGCCACGUCUCAUUUCGCCAUGCAAAAAUUUUAAACUAAGGCUCGGGCGCAGCCUGAGAAAAAAUUUUUUAUUUUUGCUGGCAUUCUUGGCUCGAUUUUUUACCAUUUCAUUAUGAAAUUUUCAAAAAAAUAAAAAAAGAUUUUUUUUUGUUGUUUAAAUUUGUAAAAAAAACCGGCGAGCUGCGCCCAACUUACCAAAAUGAAAAUGACUCCAGAUGACGUCAUUUUUCAGAAGCCCAAAUGUUGCAGAAUCCAGGGUCCGGAUAAACGAGAAAUUGCCAAAAGAGCCAUCAGAUUUGUGAAUAAUCUCGGAAAAGUCAUCAAAUACCCUUAUAAUGUGAGAUAUCAUCAGUUUGACUGUUUUAUUUUGUCAUUUUCUACAUUAUCCUUCAAUUUUUCAGCCGCGAAGACGUCGCGAACUCCGCUUCAGCCGCCCCAACUACCCCACUCGACUUGGGCUCCGGAAAACAAUGGAAUGUUAUUGCUAUCGACAACCCGCCAAACCCUAUGAUCCGAGCGUCUUCAACCCGUACGGCGGGAUUUACUUUUUCCUCCGCAAGAGAUAG